AUGAAAAGAAACCCAAGGUCAACAAAGUGCGAUCCAUCUUACUGGGAGUAUGUAGAUGCUUUUCAUUCUACGCAAAAUAGCAAUUCGUCAGUGAAGCGUAGUGCAUCAUCUUUUGAGCAACCCAAUCCAAGAAGGAUCAUGCCUAUGUUGGAUCAAUUUCAGCCAUUUAUCCACGACUUCAUUGACAACAUUAUUGAUGUCCAAGCUGAUGGAAACUAUGGGUAUUGGUCGGUUUCCGGUUUAUUAGGUAUGGGUGAAGACUCUUGGUCAUUGGUCCGCACCCAUUUGCUUAUAGAACUUGGCAAAUUCUUAGAAGACUAUAUCAAGCUCUUUGGUGGCACGGACAAAUUUGAGGAAUUAAGGAUAUCACUACAUGUUGAUGGAACACCAGAUGGUAUAUUAAACAUACUUGAAGCCACUAUGACCCCUACUCGUCAAAAUGAGUUUGUUGGUUACUUGCUCACAGGAAUAAAUCCCAAAAAGUUUGACAUUCCUUCCGGAUGUACCAUGGAUGAACCGAAGGAUUUGAUCAAGCAAAUUGCGCCUCAUGGGAUUCCCCCUUAUGGUAUUCAUUAA